AUGAAGAUUAUUUCUGAAACUUUUUGCAUUAUUAUCUUCCCACUACUUCUUCUUGAGUUCUCAAGUGGGUAUUCAGAUCUUGAUGCUCUCUUGAAGCUCAAAGCUUCAAUGUUAUGGACCCCAACAGGGUCCGGGUUAUACGACUGGAAAGUACCCAGCACUAACAAUGUUUCCGGCAGUUCCAAUAUCUCACAUUGUUCAUUCUCUGGAGUUUCGUGUGAUGAAAACUCACGUGUUACGUCGCUCAACAUAUCCAAUACUCCUCUAUCUGGAACUAUCCCUAAAGAGAUUGGCAUUCUAAACAAGCUUGUUAAUCUCACCCUCGUAUCUAAUAAUCUAACGGGUGAACUUCCGUUGGAGAUGAGCAAUCUUACUAUGAUCAGGUUUAUUGAUUUAUCCUCUAAUCUAUUUACUGGUGAGAUCCCUGGCGUAGUCGUGGCAGGAAUGACUAAGCUAGAGGCGUUCGACGUUUAUGAUAACAAUUUCAGUGGGAAACUGCCAGUGGAGUUUGCUAAGUUGAAGAAUUUGAGGACACUUUCACUACGAGGUAAUAUCUUCCAUGGGGAAAUUCCUGAUGAAUACUCGGAGUUUCCAAAUUUAAAGAUGCUAGAUUUGGCAGGAAACGACCUUUCAGGAAGGAUUCCGGGGAGCUUGUCAAAUAUAUCGACUCUUAAAGAGCUUUUCCUUGGAUAUACUAGCUUUGAAGGUAGAUUACCAAAAGAAUUUGGUUCUUUCAAGACGUUACAACUUCUUGACCUGGCAUUUUGUAAUCUAUCCGGACAAAUUCCAGGCAGCCUUGGGAAUCUUAACAUGUUACUUACACUUUAUUUGUUUGGAAACAAUUUCAUCGGUGAGAUUCCACAAAGCCUGUCAGGAUUAGUGAGUUUGAAAUCGCUUGAUUUGUCCGAGUGUCAGCUUACGAGUGGGAUACCCGAGAGUUUUUCAGAAUUGAAGAAUUUAAAAUUACUGAAUUUGUUUGGUAACCAUCUGGCGGGUCCUGUCCCUCCUUUUAUAGGAGAUCUCCCGAAUCUAGAGGUGCUCCAGUUAUGGGACAACAAUUUUACGUCGUCACUUCCAGAGAAUCUUGGCCGUAAUGGCAAGCUACGAGUACUUGACGUCACACAAAACCGCUUCACUGGAAUGAUUCCGCAAGAUUUGUGCAAAGGAGGGAAUUUACAAGAAUUGAUUCUAAUCGAAAAUUCGUUCUUUGGGCCACUACCUGCUCAACUUGGCUUUUGUUAUUCAUUGGCGAAUAUACGAAUUAACGAUAAUUACUUCAACGGAUCUAUUCCAAUUGGCGUCUUCAGUUUGCCGUCACUCAUCAAUCUUGAUCUCCGUAAUAAUAAUUUCAGCGGGGAACUUCCUGCCGAAAAGUAUGGUCCUUCUCUUGAAAGUAUCUUGAUAUCCAACAAUAGCAUCACAGGUAAAAUACCUUCUGGGAUAAGUGGUUCCGAUCAUCUACGAAUGCUCUUGCUCGAAUUAAAUAACUUCGUUGGUGAACUACCCGAUGAAAUAUUUAAUUUGUAUAGUUUGUAUAAGAUUAACCUCAGUGGUAACAAUAUCACUGGUGUCAUUCCAGAUUCCAUUGGUAAUUGUUCGGGUUUGAUUACCAUAGAUUUUAGCCAUAAUAACAUAUAUGGUGAAAUUCCGAGAGGUUUCAUGAACUUGGUUAGCUUGAGCAACCUUAAUCUUUCAAGAAACAGACUAAUGGGAGAGAUUCCGGUCAUAUUAGGUCACAUUAACAGCUUGACGACGUUAGAUCUUUCGUAUAAUAACUUGUCGGGUGUAGUCCCUUCUGACGGACGACUACAAGAGUUCAGUGAUGCGAUAUUUGCUGGAAACCCUAACCUUUCUUUACCAAAUACAAUUCACUGCCCACACAAAUCUAAAGAUCACAAGCGAAAUUCAAACAUCAAAUCAAAACUCUUGAUCAUCCUAAUCACCACAGUUUCCUUAUUCACGACAUUGAUAUUGUUCGGUGCAUUAGUAUGUAUCAUACAAGUAAAAAAGAAAUGUGGCAAUAAUAAAUCUGAAACAUGGAAGCUUACCACAUUUCAGAACUUGGGAUUUAAAGUUGAAGACAUUGUAGAGUGCUUGAAAGAAGAUAACGUGAUUGGGAAAGGUGGUGCUGGAACCGUGUAUCGUGCUUUGAUGCCCAACGGUGUUGAUGUUGCUAUCAAGCGUCUACAUGGACGAGACUAUGGGUUUGAUGCAGAGAUCAAAACAUUAGGAAGAUAUAAGCACCGGAACAUAGUGAGAUUACUUGGAUUCGUAACAAAAGGAGAAAUCAAUCUUCUAAUUUACGAGUACAUGUCUAAUGGGAGUUUAGGUGACAUUUUGCAUGGACCGGGUGGGGAAUAUGUGCAAUGGGAAGUAAGGUACAAAAUUGCCGUGGAUGUGGCAAAGGGAUUAUGUUACCUUCACCACGAUUGCUCACCGAUGAUCAUACAUCGAGAUGUGAAAUCGAAUAACAUACUGUUGGAUUCUGACUUUGAGGCUCAUGUUGCUGAUUUUGGUCUGGCCAAGUUCUUGAGACGCUCUGGUACUUCCGAUUACAUGUCAUGCAUUGCUGGAUCAUACGGAUAUAUUGCACCAGAGUAUGUACACACCUUGAAGGUAGAUGAAAAAAGUGAUGUCUACAGUUUUGGAGUUGUGCUUCUUGUACUGAUAUCAGGUAAAAAAGCGGUGGGGGAGUUUGGUGAUGGGGUGGAGAUUGUCAAAUGGGUUAGAGAUACGAUUUCAAAGAUUCCUCACCCAACAGAUUCUUCGGUCGUGUUGUCUUUAUUGGAUUCGAGGCUCAGUGGUUACAAUCUCUCAAGUGUGGCAGAUGUGUUAAAGAUCUCGAUGAUGUGCGUGAGAUACGAGAGCACAACUAGGCCUAGCAUGAGGGAAGUCGUUUACAUGUUAACAAAUAAUCCUCCGUUGGAGGCCACACUUGUUGCAUAAAACAUGCUAUAUAUGAAACA